AUGCAGAAAGAUAUAUCCAAAGCAUCUGGAACUGUCACUAGCAACAAUUGUGUUAAUGGUGCACGAGCAAUAACAGCACCAUUUCGCUUAGGACAAAAUUGGCGACGUUUUGGUGGAAGAUGGAGGGGGGGUAGAUCGACUCACAGCGGACAUCGUAAUCAAUCGGUAUUUUUUGGUCCGUUUGCGGAAUUCUCAACCCCGCCACCUGCUGUUUUUGAAAUACCGCCGCGUGUAUUACCUGCCAAUAUGUUUAAUGCCAAUGUGGUGCCACCUAGUGAAAGAGACGCUCAAUUCGAUGUGCAGUUUGCACCUUUCAUGAAUCAUUUCCCAACAUAUCAAUUGGAUAGUCAUCCGCGACGCCUUCAUGAUACACCCCCUUUAUCUUUAAAUGACAGCGGUUCUAUUCAUCCAUCGUCAUCAUCAUCGUCCUCAACACGUAGCCAUCAUUCUAUAAAAAGUGAAAAAACGCAUGAUCACAAAGUAGAACGGGAAGAUGUCAAGAAAUCACUACUCGAGUGUCAGAAACUUCCGUCUGAGCAAUUAUCUCACUUAAGUCUAGAGGGUGAAAUGACUAAUAUCGAAGAAGACUUUGGCUGCCCACCGUCAUAUGUUAUGGAGAGCUAUCGUGAUCAGACAGAGUUGACUGAAGCAGCAGCACAUGGUUGUCAAUCUUUUAAAGAUGAUUGUAACUCAAAGAUACCAGUUUCUGUAAACGAAAUUUUUCAAAAUGACAGGGAAAUGACUCAUCGCGAACACGAAUCAUUGCAAACAUUACGGGAGAGGCUGAAAAAGCAGCUGGAAGAAGAAAGCUAUGAAUGUAUGAUUUGCUGCCAAGUUAUCCGUGCUAAUGAGGGGAUAUGGACUUGCAAAAAAUGCUAUCACAUGUUCCAUAUUAAUCGCAUGAAUUCAUAUGGUUGCAUAACACAAUGGGCAGCUAAAAGUUUCAAAGCAGAUGUUGGUUGGCGAUGUCCAAGUUGCCAAAAUGUUACUUUUGAACUUCCCAAACAGUAUCGAUGCUUCUGUACUAAAAAACUGAAUCCUCCAACACAAAGAUUUCCUGAUAUGCCUCACUCAUGCAAUGGAAUUUGUGGGAAAAUCCGUGGCGGCGGUUGUAUUCAUCCAUGUACCGAUCAGUGUCAUCCAGGACCUUGUUCAAAAUGUACGCUUACGAUUACACAGAAAUGCAAUUGUGGCCGACAGAUUAUUUCUGCUCGCUGCGGUAAGCAACUGGAAUUUAAGUGUUCAAUGGUAUGUGGAAAAACACUCAAUUGUGGAUUACAUAAAUGCGAAGUUAUUUGUCACCAUGGAGAAUGUAACGCUUGUGAACAUGUUGUUACCCAAAAAUGUUUUUGUGGUCUCGAAGAACGGGUAGUACCGUGCACAGCUUUGAAUUUGAAGGUUACUUCAUUCAGUUGUGGUACUCCAUGCAUUGGGAUGUAUGCAUGUGGCAUACAUAAAUGUGAGCUCAGAUGUCAUGACAAACAUGGAAGAGAUGAUUGUGGACUGUGCAGUUUAUCACCAGAAAAAAAGAAAUAUUGUCCAUGUGGACGAACGCUCAUUGUGAAGUUAGAGAAAGUGGCACGAACAUCCUGCACUGAUCCAAUUCCUACAUGCAAAAAUGUUUGUGGCAAAAUUCUAGCCUGUGGUCCAGAAGAUAAACCUCAUCGCUGUAUGCAGUUAUGUCAUGUAGAAUCUUGUUCUCAAUGUCCUUCAAAUUGUUUGAUAAGCUGCAGAUGUAAAGCUCUGAAAAAAUUAAUACCAUGCAAGGAAUUUGUUCUUUAUUCGGCUGAAAAUCCAUAUCUUUGUAAGCGACGGUGUAAAAAAUUGAAAACUUGUCAAAAUCAUCGAUGCCGUGCUGUCUGCUGCGUUGAUAAAGAGCAUAUCUGUAUGCAGACUUGCGGUAAAAAACUGAACUGUAGAAUUCAUAACUGCGAUCAAUUAUGUCACUUUGGACAGUGCCCUCGAUGUUUGCAAGCAAGUUUUGAGGAACAGUAUUGUUUGUGUGGACAUACUGUCCGCGAACCACCUGUUCCGUGCGGCACAUCACUACCAUCUUGUGAUCAGCCAUGUUCACGACAGCAUUCUUGUGAUCAUUUUCCGAUGCACAGCUGCCACGCUGAACCUGAGUGUCCGCCUUGUACUGUGCUAACUCAAAAACCAUGUUAUGGUGCACAUGAGAUUCGCGCAAAUAUCCCAUGCUUUUUAAACGAAGUUUCAUGUGGACGCCCAUGUGAUAAGGAACUGUCGUGUAAAGUACAUCGCUGCAAACGAAUUUGCCAUGCAGGACAGUGCUUAGUAAAUGAGACUUUAUGUCAGCAACCGUGUAGUAAAAGAAGAGUUGGAGAAUCCUGUGAUCACAUCUGUGGCCUCCCAUGUCAUGGCGAUACUCCUUGUCCCAAAAGUUAA